UCUAACGUAGAUGGGGCCGUUUCGGUUGUUUCAUUCCCGCCAUACGCUGAGGUGUAUAAAUAGAGAAGGUUAAAGCCGAAAUUCAUUUAUUUCUAUAGCAUCAGUACUGAGAGAGUUGGUAAUGGGGUUAACCGCACUGUCCAGCCCAAAGUUCUUUGAGAAAAAACCGGUUGUUUUGAAGAACUGGUACCUUAUGAAGGUACCCAGUGAAACUUCUGGCAAGAGAUUGGCUGUUGGUGGUUUUCAUUCGAAAACGCACUUCCACUCUUGCCCCAUUGAAGAGAGAAUCAGUGCAUUCAGGCUUAGGACUUCUGAUGGGGCAAUACUAUUGCUUGAAGGAUGUAUUGAUGAACAAUGGACUCUCGAAAAUGGUUUUCCUUUUGAGAUCAGUGGCCUUUUCCGGAUAGGAUUCCCUUAUACUUGGAAAAUUCUUGUUUCCCAAUUUCUUUCUGAGGACUCUUCAGGCUUCUCCAUUCGUGAAGUGGAAACAAAUAAUGGUUCCAGUACAUUCUUGCCCAUAACUCAUCUCUUUGGUAGAAAUCUUUUCCCAAGUGAGACAGAAAGGUUCCAUAAACAAAAUGAAGAAGAACGAAAAGCCUGUGAGAGUGAGAGACAGACAACUAAGUCAAAGUCUAGUUCAGUGGCCCGCAUUCAACAAUACGAGGUUUGCUUGGGUCAAGCAAAUGUGAAUGUGAAUGACUCGAGUUCAAGUAAGGUGAGAUUUGGAUCAAUCAAUGAGGAAACUAUAUCAAAAGGAAUUGACAAUGAACAACCCAAAUGUGCAAAGGGGUUUGGCUCUCUUUACUCUAAUAGCAAAGUUGAUGUAGUGAUCACUCCCGAAGGUGUAAAAUAUCAUGGUACAAAGUUGAGUGAUUGGGAUGUUCCCUCUCCUUCUGGUGUUUCUUUGAAGGUGCUUGAAAGUAACAAAAAAGCAUCUCAGGUGGCUGGUAGCAAGGUUAGAAGAAAGCGCACUGCUGCUAUACUGGAUCCUGAGCUCAAUUGUUCUGUGAAUUUAGUGAAGAAAUCACGGACUAGUUCAUCUAAAGAAUUGAAGGCAUUACAGACCCCUUUAUCAAGAGAAUUCAAGACAUUAUAUUCUCCAUCAAAAGAGCUAAAGGCAUUAAGGAUUCCUGUAUCAAAAGAAUUCAAGACAUUACAUUUUCCAUCAAAAGAAUCAAAGGCAUUAAGGAUUCCUGUAUCAAAAGAAUUAAACGUAUUACAAACUCCAUCAAAAGGACUAACGGCAUUACAGACUCCAUCAAAAGAAUCAAAGUUGUCAAUAUCAAGAUCAGGGCGGAUUAUUGUUCGUCCCCUUGCAUAUUGGUGCAAUGAGCGAAUUGUGUACGGAAAGGAUGGUUCCAUCACUUCUAUUUUAGAUGGUGACAAAUAUGAUGAGCAAUGUACUAGAGGUUCAAAGUCAGCCCCUCCUAAAAGAAGGCACACAAGGAACCAAAACUCUAGUAAGUCCAAGCAGGGUGAGCGCCCUUCUGAAAGAAAACUAACAAGGAAUGAGAAACCCAGUAAGCCCAAGGGGAGCCCGAUGAAAUUAAGACGAAGGUGAUUGAUACAUGUCUGAUGCGUCACAUAUCCAUAUUUUUGUAAAGUAUUCAGUCUUUUUUUUUUGUUUUUUUGGGCUAAACUUCAUAUCCCGCAACAGGUCAGUCACAAUGUAGUUUUCUUGUAAAUUAUUUAGACUUCAUAGCUACACAGCUUACGGAUGUAGCAUCUGUCCACUUAUUGUAAAGUAUUUAGACAUUUCAUUCUAUUUUUUGCUUUCUUUUU